AUGGAAGGUGGUGACGAUUUGGUGAAGAGCAUAUUCGCACGCCUCUGCAGCACGAAGCACGAUACCCGCACCUGGAGCGCGAUCUGUCGCCCUGCCUGGUACAGGGGCUUCGCUCGCCGAGGACUCCACGACCGUAGCAUCCUGUCGCUGUUUGGGGAGUGCGUGCUGCAUGCUGUGAUAUCCAUGCUUUCAAUGCGCAUUGUUUUUGCGUGCCAGUUUUCAGCAGGCCGCAAUAUUGCGAAGCUCCGGCGGCAGAUGCCAUUGCAGAAGAGGAGCAGCCGCCUAAAGCGAGACUCGGGGGUGGUCUGGUUUCGCGACUGCUGUUUGGUCGAUGCUCUGCGAAGCCUCGGCGUCAAGCUCGCGUACACGGCUCACGGCCCGUUUCGGGCUCUCCAAGACGGGAACGAAAUGCUGCGACCGCAGGAGCUCGUGCCUGUCGGGAGCAGCAAGUGGGUUCCUGGCAAGUACAUAGCGUACAAGGCAUGCCACUUUGUCGGAGCAGAAGUCUUCCGGGACGGCGCAGCGUGUCUCUACACCACUUGUCGGCGUGGAGAUGGACAGACAGUGGACACUUGGCAGCUGGAGGCCUUGAAUUUCGAGCAAGUCUACCGUUUGCAGCAGGCAUCGGAGCCGUCAAGCGCGUCCUGGGACUUCCAGCAAGAAUUCUCUGGCGGUUCCAGGACGUGGCCGUUAGCAGAUGAUGGGGCUUUCAGAGGUGUGCUGCAGUUUGCUGCUUCGCUUGGGGAAGUGGCAGCUCUGGCAAGCAUUAAUCGUGGCGUUGCAGAGCUUCUGCAGCGGCCAAGCUUCUGGCGCUCGUCGCUGCUGCUUCUGCAACCAUGUUCCUGUGCACACCUGUGCACGUCAAAUAUCCUACGCUGCCUGUGGCCAUCUGGUGCGCCAGCUACCCGUGGCGAUGUGGUGGCACGGCUUCGGCACAGUUCUCGUCGCGACACGGCUUCGAGACGAAGCCAGCGGGUCUGGGUGGCAGCAGCAGAUCACGGUGCUGCAGCAUCCUUCCUGGUGCAGCAACCGCGAGAGUUUUGGGCGAUGGUGUCACCUGGUGCCGGCGCAUCUCGGAGACAGCGACACUUGCAGCCGGACGCAGGCUUCUUCGUUGGAUUUACGUGCUUUGAAGAUCCAGCCGAAGUUCUCCAAGUAGUCUGCAGUCGCCAGCCCUUGACCAGUGGAGAGCACUGGUAUUUGCAUGUGCCAGUCAAGUGUGGCGAGUUGCCCAAUGGCUUCAUUGGAAUGGCCCGCAACGUCCGACAAGCCGUUGGGGCAUUGACACGGCAUCCGUCCCUGGUGGGUGAGACGAGGUGCAUCUGUGUGACUUUCUGUGCUCUUGAGAUGCGCCUGUACCUGGACUCCCGCUUGUUCGGUAUCUGCCAGCUGCCGGAUCACGUGGCCUACCCAUGUCACUCUCGCAGCAUGCGACCAUUCUUCGCUAUUGAGACAGAGUCGGACCUGGAAACAUUCGGAGAUCGGGCUUGGGCAGCUGCUAUCCACUAUGCAAGGCCAACGUGCAGAGCCCUCUCGAAACUCCCUCUGAACGCAAUGCGAUUCUUUGAGUAUGACGGCGUGACGUCGGCAGAUUUGUGGAUGGAUGAAAAUAUCUUGGUGUGUCUUGGAUCGCCCCAUGCUAUUCAGUGCCUGCAGGUCUGUUCGCCGGACUUGAUCCGACGUCUGAGGGCGAUGACCUUGUUUGUCGGCUUUACGGAGAUGGCCUUCGCCUCUCUAGUCGGCAAAACUCUGCAAGGCCAGCGAGGCCUCCAACGCACGCAGAUGCGAACCUGGGGCGUGUCUGUAGACAUUGCUUCCGGCAGGUGUGUCCAUCAGUCUCUCUAUGACAGCAGCCGCCGGAACUUCUAUGACGUCAUCUUAGAUCCUGCUGCAGAGAUAUGCCUGGGCUCGAUGUUGGACGUGCGUGUAGUCCGCACGCUGGACUCUGUGACGUGCACGCUCAACAACCACGCAGCUUAUCGAGAGUGGGGGUGUGAGAGGGAGUGUGGCUUGGACAAGAUGGUACGACCAGUGCUUGCAGUGGUGCCGGAUUGUUUCGUCGACUGCCGUGCUUUCGUACACGCAUUGCGUGGCAUGACCAUAUCGAUGACGUUGGAGCUGGCUGAUGGGCAUAUGCUUGACUUCUCCAAUGUGCUCGAUGGCCGGCCGUGGAUCAAUGCAGAUUGUUGCGGAGGAGCUGCGGGGGCAGAGGAGGCUGCGGACAUGUUUUUGUCUGGCACGUCAGACGCUGUGCAGAGUGAAGCAGGCAUUCGAACACCUUCCUCGACGGGCUGGGAAGACCAAUUCAUGGCCAGCGGCCCUUCCUGGUAUCCUGACUCAGGCAGAUGUGGAACUGAUGUUGGCCGGUUGCACUGUUAUGUCGUGACUCCCACGCAGGCGGCCCAUGUUUUCUUGCAAUUCUUGCAGUCACAUGGGAUGAGCGAGCCAGCAUGGUACGCACAGAGAGCACUGUCUUCACUCCCUGCAGAGGUACGUGCAGAAGUGUUUGCUUUGCCAAGCGCCGUUAGCAUGACACCAUGGCCUGAAAGGCCUGUGCUCCACAUGAAGUCAGUGUUGGCGCAAGUCAAUCAGGAUGAGAAUGUACUGAUGGCUCCGUGUGCAGACAUCAUCCUGCACCUUUAUGCAUACGUGUGGCCAAAAGCAUCCCUGAAGGAAGGCCUAGCUCGGCUCGGUGUCAGCGUGUCCGUGCAGUACGGAUGCAUGCAGUCUGUCGACGCCUUCAAUUUUCACUUGGCACAAACACGUGCCGUGCUGGCAUCUUGGCCGGCCGCGCAGUCCAGCGUUUGGGGGCGCUACAUCAUGUGCCAUCGCGGCAUUCACUCGGCUUUCAAUAUCUUCGAAAGUCUGGUUGUCUGGACCUGUGGGCACUAUGAAGCUAGACUGUCCUGCGCGCUGAUGGAGAGAAUUUGUUCGUUGCCGGAAACGACCCUCCACCGAGUGGUGGAUCUACGACAUGAUCAAGACCGACUCGGCGGUGCGUCGCCUUCUUCCCUUUCCUCCGCAUUCAUCAUCAAAUCCAAGUGGGCCGAAAUGAUUUUUAGCGGCCAGAAAACCUGGGAAAUCCGUGGAGAGACGACCAAGAAACGUGGUCCGGUUGGCAUCAUAGUGACAGGAACAUCCAGUAUCAGCGGUCAGGUAAGCAUCACGGACAGCUUUCCUGUAGGUUCUUGGAAUGGUCACGAGUGGCUGCGUUGCGGGCGGGAGGAACACUUUCUCUGGGCGGAGCACAACAUGCCCAAACACUGCAUCGAAGACCAGGCUGCGUUGUCCUAUAAAACGGCAUAUGCAUGGGUCCUGGAGUGUCCGGUGCGUUACACAGUGCCAGUCCUUUUCAAUCGCCCACGUGGACCGCAACAGUGGGUUCGAGUCCAGGGAGACAUGUUGCCUCCCGGGCCGCAGAUUCCACAAACAGACGUGGCAAAGCCUUUGACAGUCCUGACUGGCGGUGGUCGCGUCAGCUCCGACAUUGCACUGCCCCAGCGAGCUCAACAGUGGUUGCAGCAGGAUUGUCAGUUGCAGCGUGCCAGAGGAGAUGGUGCCUGUGGCAUACAUGCAACCUUUGGAGACAGGGUGGAGGGAGGUGUGCUCGUGUGUGAUCAUGCUCGACGGCUGGCUGCGGACGCGCUGCGUGAUGCACUCAACGAUAGUCAAGACCUAGCCGUGCCAGUACGCUCGAGUCUUUGGACAGAGCUUGCCCUGCCUGCCGCAAAAGCCGAAGUUGCACAAGACUGGUCUCUGGCUUCUGCAGAGAGCAGGCACUUCUGGCAAGUCUUUGCCCAAAAUUAUCCAGAUCAGGCAGAAGAAGCGCAGGCCUGCGCAAGACGAGAGGAGCAAGUGAAGUCCGAGGGAAGGGCUCGACACGGACAGCUGGAAAUGGCUUGUCGUGCCUUCUUCUGUAACGUAUCAAAGCCGACCCUGCAUGCGUUCUGUGCCAGCAUCGGGUAUUUGGAGGAAGAAGGCCAGGAGAGAUGUUAUGAGAUGCGUGCCGGGCGGCCUGUCGCUAAGGGUUCAGAUCAAGAACUACCAGCAGGAAGCCCAGAGACGAAGAUUGAUGCCAUCUGCAGUCCGGAGCCAUGUUUUGAUGCAUUACGAGUGGCCGUUUUGACUGGUCGGAGCCUCGAAGCCGUCACGUCCUCGCUGCAGCGCUGCGACAAGGAGACGGAGUUGUGCAGCAAGUUGCUCGAGGCUGUGGAAAUCUUUCAGUCUGCUGAAGCGCCUCAGCACAUCGAGCCCUCAGACUUCUAUCAGUUCGGUGUGGAAGCAUAUCUUGCUGCCGUGCAGUGCGGCGAGUACUUUUUUAGCGUUGACGAAAUUCAGUUGAUUUGCCACCAGCGAGGGCUCAAUAUCCUUAUCACGAGAGAAGUGGCGCCAGGCAGCUUUGUAGUCGAAGCAGUUGUGGAGGCCCUCGUACACACCGAUUUCCAGGCGAUAGUCCUGCGCGGCGCGGACGCGUCUGGUCCCGUUCGCAGCCACUUUGACCGUUUGUGCUUAAGCCCAACGGACUCCAGGCAAUUUGGCGGCUCAGCGCCGAGCCAGCAAGAGACAUGUGCGCAAGCCACUGCAGCGAUUGGUGCGAAAGGUGCAGCCUCGAUGUCGCGAGAGAGUACGCUGACUGCGAAUUCUCGCAUUGACGAAGGCUCUAGAAGCUUCGAAAGUGCAGUGGAGAACUUGUUGGAAGCUUUUGAGAAAGGCGAGGACGUCUUACCCGUUCUGGCAGCCUUGCGGGCUCAGAGCCCCGAGGUGGCCAGUUGUUCCUUUGAAGAAAUUCAGUGCACGCUGCCGCAGCUUCUGCGAGCCUACGAGACAGACAGGCUGUCUUCCGAAGAAGCCGUACGUUUGCAGUAUCCGUUGUGGCGAUGUCAGUUUUAUCCUAUGGCUGUCUUGUUCGAGGCCUGGAGUCGCACCACGGGCUUGCCUUCGGUGUUCUACCACGAUGCUUUUUCAAGUUUGCUGACCAGCAUCUUACACAAGGACAUCGGAGUGGACCUUGCUGGUUUCCGAUCCCGCAGCAGGUAUUGGAGCUGUGGCACGGCGCAGCCAGGAGGAGGGAAAACGCCUGCGCUGGAGCCAAUGUUGCAGAUGUUGCAGGCCGCCAUGGCCAAGUUGCCACACUUCGCGCCGGGCAGUGAGGCCGACGCCUUUCACGUUGUCGAGCCAAUGACCCACGCUGCAGCUAUAGCGAAGCUGAAAGACACAGAUGGGUACGGCGUCAUAGCCGCCGGCGAAGGGGGGCCAAUCCUGUGUCCGGCUUGGCCAAGCAGCGGCACAUGGACCCAGAACACCCACAUAAAUUUACAACGUUUACUGAACUCUGCGCAAGGAGGAGGUGUGACAUGGGAGACUGUUUUCGACCGGAAGGAUCGCAAGACAGCGCAAGUGGCUGCCAGCAAGACGUCGCAGUGUGGGUCCACAAACGUCACCAUCGCACUGUUUCAGCAGCUGUCAGUCUUUCGAAACUGGUGGGCGCAGGGUGAACUGCGGUCCAGCAUUGGCCUAGCUCAGAGGUUCGUCUUCUCUUUCGGGGCUAUUCGACAGCCUGGUCAGCCGCGCUGGCAGCAAUUCGAGGCAACCGUCGUGGCGCCGCUCCUGCAGCGAAUCUUUGAACUCGUCCUCCAGCAUCUCGGGCCGAAAGCUGCCAUGCACGAGGACUCGCCUCAGCGGACAUGGACAAUAGAUGGUCCACUACGGGAGCAGUUCUUCAAGUACCGGCUCGCUGCUUUCGAUGCAACGAGAACAACAACCUUCGGUGAGGUUUUUGCCAGUGGCCUGAACAAGAGCGUGUAUUGGAUCAGCUGCGCAGGACUACUUGCUACUUUGCUGGAGCAGGUGUGGCUUCACGCAGCGGGCCAGCAGAUGACUUGCCCUAAGUGGUCCGGUCGUGUGUCUGAUGGCAAUCUGAAACAAGCCAUGGUCUUCUACCAGGAGCGUUAUUUGUUCGGCCUCGCAGUCUUGGACACAGAAACACGCCAGGCACAACAUGCCAGCAUGCCUGUGGAUGGUUUGGUUUGUUGCUUGGCAGUCGUGCUGGCGACGCAGCUUCUACAAUGCUUUCCAGGCACAUCCUGGCGGCGAUCCUGGUGUACACGGCUGGGAGCACCUUUGCGAGACGUGACGCAUGAGGAACCAGAGCGUUCUUGUGUUGCGUUGCAGGCUUACGAAGACGCAUGUCAUGUUCUGGAGCUGCAUGGGCUCGGGCGGCAAGAAGCAGCCUUGGACGAGUGCGAAGAUGUCAUCUUCGAAAAGUUCCCGCUAGGACAGCUCUCCAAAGCUGCUCGUAACUUCAUUCAGGAAGCCCGAGUACCUUCGUGGUACUUUCAACUCCCUAUGCGCGGAGCAACCAUAUCAAGUCCGGCAGCGGCAGAGCAGCAAGUUGUCCAUGACGAGAAAGUUGUUCCGGUGGCUGCUGUGGCGGCCACAGACAAGCCCAAGCUGCGACAACGGAAGGACUAUACGAAUACGGGUACGCCGCAGCCGGAGACGGCGGCGCAGCCAGAUCGCAGUCUGGUGAAACAAGAUAGUGCAGACAUUGCCCACGCGCAGCGGCAGCCGGAGACGGUGGCUGAACAAGUGGAGCCAUGCCUGGAAAACGCCGAGUGGUUGGAGCUUUUUCAUGGCAGACCUGCGGGAUUGGUACAUUCGUACAUUGACCUCCGGCAGGAGGUGGAGCGCGUCCUCGGUCGCCUGCAGGAUCCUGGUGUGUACGUUAUGAAAGAUCGCGGCACGACGGGAACUGGCCGCAGUCUGAGAGCAGAGUGCGCAGCUGCGAGUUGCAUUGGCUGCACAAGACAAGUUGUUGCCCAAGUGCAUCGCACAGAUAAGGAGACCCUGCUUACGGUUCGAGCGCGCGGGAAGCAUGGCGAAUUAGCAAAGCCGUCUGGUGGAGCAUUGUGGAAUGUUGCAGAAGAGUAUGUGCUGCAGCAAAGCUUUCCAGACAAGUCAGACAUCAGUUCGCGGAGCAUCCGCUCAUGCUUCAGAAGAGCAGGGCUAGCAGUGCGCUGCACCCCUCGGCAAUUGGCGCAAUUCGUGGACAGGGCAAAGUCCCAAAGUAACGCAGGAAAGCGUGGCCAACAGACCGGAGUGCCCAUACAUGCACUCGAAGCAGCCGCGCGAGAAUUCACCAGGGAUGACUCAGUCCCCUGGGAAAAACUUCCCCUGGAUCAGCUAGUUGUUUUGCCAGAUUUCCACGUCAGCGAGCAGCGGGUGUGCGUGAUUUGGACAUCUCGCGGGAUGCUGGAGCGGGCAAAACAUGGCCAAAAUCAUAACCUCAAACUGGUAGUGGAUGGCAAGCAGAAGCUCCUGGCGAACCAGUACAGUGUCGUGACAGUUUCCUUUCUGGUUCCCAAUUCGUCCAUGUCGAGCACGUGGGCAGGUCCUGGCCGCAAGAGUCAUGUGGAUGCUUACACAGGCACCCAAGAACCAUUUCUGCAGGCACUUGUGAACGAAGAGACCGCAGAGAACAUGACACAAGUCUUUGAGAAAGCGGCAGAGCUUGCAGAGUCGCAUGCUGGACUCAACCUGCGAAGACAAGUUGUGCAGGUGCAUAAAGACUUCUCGAAGGGCAUAGAUAUAGCACGGCGAAAGGUUUUUCCGUCGGCCCGCCCCUGCGACGACUACGCCCAUAUGCGGCGUGCGUCGCACUCAACUCUACAGGUGCAUGCGCAGCCCCUGCAGGACCACUCUGGCGAAGUGAGUGGCGACAAGAAAGCAGCGUUUGACUUAAUCAAUCGUCUGAUAAGCUGUACUCGUCUGCUGCCGACUCUUGACCUGUUCGAUGCAGCAUGGCGGAUCGCCUUUCCAUGGUUGCGACGCGUGGGCCAAGGCGCAGCUGUAGAGUAUCUGAUGAAGACGUACUUCGACGAAGUCACUGAGCCUCGAGCGCAAUCUAGAGAUCGCCAGCCAGGCAAGCCGAGCUUUGUCUUCGCAGGCUUCUGGUCGGGCAUUCAGAUGACAUAUCCAGGGUCUGGCAGCGGAAGCCAGACCAUCGAAAGCUUCCACUCAUGGUGGCAGGCGUUGGUCAAAACCAAGACGCGCGCGAACCCUGUGGACAUUUUCAGGGUCAUGUCGAACCUGUACAAAGAUGAAUGGGCUGACAAAUUCCAGUACGGACAAGCACGCAAGUUCGGAAGCUGGCCAUCAGAACCCGCCCAGGACCUGCUGAACAGUCAAAAGCUGCGCACCGAGGGCCGGUCCACGGCAGUGGACUUCUGGCACGGGCGCAGUACCAAGCUGGAUGGCAAAUGCAACUAUGUUAAGGUCGUCCGGGGAACGAGCGCCGCCGAAAGCCGAGGAGGCCAAGAGACCACCGUGUUCUACGUGAUGCGGUCAACAAAGGUGGGCGACGCGAUGCCUGCGGAUGCCGUCAUCGAUCCUGAACGUGCUCAGCUUCUCGUCGACCUUUUGCUUCUUUCUGGCCAACAGCUUGCCAAGAAACUACGGGUAUGUGGACUUAUCAAAGGCAAGAGCGCAGAGGAAACCCUGGAUCUUGGGCUGUGGCAGGAUUUGUUCUGCAAGCAUGCCGUUGUCGUGGAUGGCCACCUGGGUCGACAAUGGUGGCCGAGGCAAUGGCGGACAGCCCAGACAGCAGCCCCCAGCACGCUGUGCACGUGCUACACCUUCCUCAUGCACGCGCAGUGCGAGCACUGCAUCUAUGUUCAAGCGCUGGACAAGACGGGAAGUGUUAAUCUCAAUGCCAUUCCCAUGAGACGCCCAAAGGGCCGCAAGCGGAAAGCCGAGCUUCAAGCAAGGCCGAACCAAGCCAAGAGAGGUCGCGUGCAGGGCAAGAGAGCUCGCGGACGCGGACAAAGCCACUAG